AUGGAUUUACCUUCAUUUCACAACAAUUUAUUAAUUUCAUCUCUAUUUCCAUUUAAAACUGAAAAUAAUCAAAUUCUUUCAUCAAAAACGAAACGUCAUAGUUUCUUGAAUGGUUUAGCAUUGUUACUUAAUGGAUCAAAUCAAUGUACAUCGUCAUUUCAGGCCGGAUACGACGCCGUUUCCGACGGCCGGAAUGAUCCACCUGGGGAUGUUAUAUUAAAUCUUGAAAAAUUACUCAAUUAUGAUAUUGAUAAAAUAUGUGAAAAUAUUAAUAUUGGUAAAUUAAUACAAGGUUCAGCAGAUUAUAUAUAUUUACAAGAACAAAAAAUAUCUUUAAAAGAAUUUAUUUCAAUUCUUCUCAGUCGGGUUAAGAACAUAAUUUUACGUCGUGAUUCAAUUAAAAUAAAUAAAAACGAGUCUGAACCAAAAAUGAUUGAAAUAUUUCAAAUUUAUUGUGAAUCAUUAUAUCAUUCUAAAAUAUUUCGUUCAAUACUUUUACAAGUAUAUUCAAAUGAUGAUGAUCAUGAACGUAUUAUAUAUUAUUUAGAUAAAGUAUCUGCACAUCUUCGAUCACUUGAUUUAAUAUUGAAAACUUUAGAAAAAAGAACAUCUGAUUAUGGUGAAAUCUAUCAAAAUAUACAUUGGUAUUUUAUUGAACCAAUUGAAAAUAUCAUUAAUUUAAAUGAAGCACCAUCAUUAUCAUUUGACAAAAUCUGGUCAGCAUGUGGUUUAUUAGAUGAUGAAGUAAAAAAUGAUUUUAAAAAUAAUAAUAUUGGUGACCAAUUUGAUAGAUAUGAUUCAAAAUUAAAAUUAUCAAUUUGUUUACAUAGUGAAGUUCGAAUGAUAGAUUAUCUUAUUGAACAAAAUAUACAUGAAAUUCAGGAUAAUGACAUAGAAAUUGGAAUAUCGAAAUUACCAUGUUAUCCUUGUUCAUUAUAUAUUGAAAAAUUAAAUCGAAAAUUCAAUCGAAAUUUUUAUGCUACUUCAAUAACUCAUGGAAAAAUUUAUCCAAAUUGGGCAUUUAGAAAUAAUGAAGAUGAUGAUAUAAUGAAUUAUGUUAAUGAUGAAUUAUAUACAUUAAUUGAAAGACAAAUAAAAGACUGGAUACGAAUUAACAGAAAAAAAAUGAUUGUUAAUUAUAAGCCAACAAUAGAACUACAUGGUGACCAUGUCGACAAUCGAUUUGUGAAACGCAACAACGAUUGUAUUUUAGAGAAUCAAUAA